AUGAUACGUAGCUGCCGAGAGAGGGCAAGCCCCGAAAAUGAGCGUCCCCGAUUCUCACGGCCCAGCAACCCGGCUCGCAGGAAGACGCUUCGCUUCUUGACCAACCCGGGCUUGGGCCACGGCAAACCCUCCCUCCCUACCUGCGGAUCGCCCCUCGAAGGCUCAACGGCGGGUCGGCCGUCCAGCGGUGCCGGCGCGCGCGGCAGACGGGAGUCCCGGCGGCGUCCCCCUCGCUCGGCCUCCCUGCGGAGGGCCCUCGCCAGCGACUUUCGCUUCCCCGGCAGCCCCGCCCCGCCGUCGCCGUCGCCGCGCUCCGCUCUGCUCUCCUCCCCGGCGCAUCAGAAGGGGCGGCCUUGCGGCGCCGCGGUGCGAGCAGCCGCCGGAGGGAAAGGGGGGAAGCAGCCCCCGGAUCGCGCUCCGCUGCUCCUGCUCGGCCGUCCCGGAAAGCGCGCCGGAGGGAGGGCUCGGCCGCGGGUCUCUGCAUCGCCAUCCCCGACGGCGCCUGGAGCCCUUUGGAGGAGAGGCUCAGCCAUGGCCAGCUCUCUUGAUCUAAACGAAGCAGAGCUGAGAAAGCACCAGGCCCAAUAUCUGGCCCAGAAUGCAGUCACAGCUGCCUCUGAAAUCCAGGAACUGCUGGAUUUUCUGAAUUCCUUCAAGGUCCAGGUUGGGAUCCUAGGAGAGCGCAGCACAGGGGUAAGCGUGCUGGUAAAGGCUCUGCUGGGCAAGCCCUGCCAGGUGACAAAUCUUGCUGCUUACUUCCGGGAAGACCUGCAGCUCACAGGCUUUGAGGAGAUCCACUCUCAUCCCACCUUCCCACACCUCACCUUGCAUGAUCUGCCUGGCUUUGAGGCCUCUGAGAAACCAGCGGCCUAUCUCAAGAGCCUGGGUGACCUGAACCGGUUCAACUGCUUUGUGAUGGUGGUGGGGACCACGGGCUUGAGAGACACUCAUGUAGAAGUCCUCAAGGCUAUCCAGCAGAAGAGGAGGCCUUUCCUUGUGGCUCGCACCAAGAUCGACUUGGAUCUGCACACGGCUAGAAGGCGGCUUCGAUUCAGGUACAAUCCUGCAGAGCAGAUGGACAGGAUCCGGAAGGAGCUGGCCGACAGGUUAGCCAAGGACCGACUGGAGGCCAAGAUUUUCCUGGUGUCUGGGUUGCAUACUGAGAGAUACGAUUUUGCCUGGUUGGAGGACACUUUGGAAGGAGAAGUGCUCAACUUGAAAAGACACCAUGAUGGAAAUCUGAAGGACUUCAGUGUGGUGAGUCAGAAGAUAGUCAAGGAGCUAGAUGAGAUUUGCAAGUCUGGCAGCUUGGCAGAAGUGCCAGCUGUAAUCCGGGCUAUGCUGGAAGAUCCCAGUCAAAUCCGUCUGAACAUAGCUGUGAUUGGGGAAACAGGCUCAGGAAACUCCUCUCUGAUCAAUGCGCUGAGAAGAGUAGGCUGUGGAGAGGCAGAGGCGGCCCCCACCGGAGUGGCGGAGACCACCAGGAGAGCAACAGCCUACCCAUUCCCUUUCGCCCCUAACGUGUACCUUUGGGAUUUGCCAGGAUUGGGACUGAUGGAGGAUGAUGUGAACCACCUGGACCUCAGCUGCUACAGUGUCUUCCUGCUGGUGGCCUCAGAGCGUUAUAAGCACACCCACAGCCAAUUGGCCAGAAUUAUUGCUUCUGUGGGGAAACAGUCUUUCUUUGUGAGGAACAAGAUAGAUGUAGUUGUGGAGGCCCAGGCUGAAGACCAACCCAGCCUCAAAGAGGAACUGCAGGAACAGAUCCGGAAGAGCUGCAGAGAAGCUCUGAAGAACGAUGGCAUCAACUGUCCAGUCUUCCUGGUCUCCUCCUCCAUGGCCGAAGCCUAUGACCUUCCUCUUCUUCGGGAAGAACUCCGGAGCCAGGCUUCUGAAUUGAAGAGGAAAGCCCUGAGGAGAGCCAUCCCAGCAGUCGUCUCCCAGCUGGUAAGGCGCGAGAGCAAAAUGCUGAUGAAAGACACAUGGGGGAAGACCCUGCAGAUUAGCCUCUCCUGUGUGGAUAAUCCCAAGGUGUCCGGGGAUGAGGACCUCCUGGCCACCAUUGCCAGCUUCUGCAUCCACCUUGGUGUGGAUGAAAUGUCUGUGAAGAACACCGCCCAGGACACUGGCAAAGCAGCCCAGCAGCUCCAGGCAGAGAUCCAAAGCCGCUUUGCUCGGCCGAUGCAGCCAACCGAUGUGCUUGGCCUCAUUGUGAAGCCCCCCUCGUGGAGCGGCUGGGCAUGGAGCUACGUGAACUGGGGGAAGGGGGCCAACAUGAAGCCCAGGAUCUCCGUGGAGUGCAUUUACCGCCUGCUGAACCAAGUGGUGGUAGAACUGGCAGAGGAUGCAGAGAGGCUGCUGCUGGCUGCCUUUCUGGAGGACUAGAGCAGGAGGGCGGAUGGAUGGGGCGAGGGCAGUGCUAACAACCCCUCACCCCACUUUAAAAGCACCAGACAAAAUAAUGGAAGCGUCCCUGCAGAAGGACAAGAAGGGCGAAGAUUCCUCGGCACAGUGUCCUGUGGUGGUGGUGGUGGAAGCGGUGGUGGUCCUUGAAGGGCCCAGCAACCAAAAAUGGAGGUUAUUGGAGCAUGGGACUUGGCUGUAGAAACCGAGAAUCGAGAGCCAGUGCUAAGGUGUUAUCCUUUGCAACGGAGAUACUGCAGAAAAAUCAGAACUUUCUUCUUCAAGAGGAUCUUGCUUCCUGGCUUAGAGUACUGAUCUUUUAUAGUGGGUAGCUAUUUUUUUUUUCUGAAGGAAAUGGGCAGACACAUUUCAACCCAGUACAGGCUACUCAUGGGUUGGCCUGUUCAGAAAAGCACACCUUGUACCCCUUUCCUAAGUCUCUCUGAACUCCUCAGAUGUAUGCAUGCUUAAAAAGAGUUAUUUCCUGUCCAGGAGGACCCUAUUAUUUUGUAGAUUGAAAUAUUCAUUGCUUACAUUUGUUUGCCCUGGAAGUAGGUCAUGUUCUUACAGCGUUAUUAAAAAUGCUGCCCAAUAGUAGGCUGUCUAUUUGUUGCACAAUGCAAACUGCAGUCAAAAAUUCUACAUGUUGUACAUUUAGCCAUGCAAGAGUUGUUUGAAAUGGUUGGCCCUGCCUCUAAUUUGCUGCAUGCCAAGCAAAUUAAACAUUUAUUAUUGUGCAGUCUUCUUGUUUUGAUCAUCAUACUUUUUUAUACUAUGCUAUUCACUGGGUUUUUAAAAUCUUCAUCCCCA